AAUGAAGUGAAAUCUCGUGAAGAAAGCAGACGCAGGACAAACAUGUCUCAGAAUUCUACACAGUCGUCGAAGGACAGCUUAGGCACCAUGAGCAUCAUCUGUGUAACUGUGAUCUUCACACAAGCCUUUAUCGUCUCCCUCGCCAACCUCCUGACCAUCAUCACCUUUACCAUUAACAUACAUCUACGUAAGCGAAGUGUUUACUGUAUCAUUAACCUGGCUGUGGCUGACAUGCUGGUCGGGCUUGGAUCCUUGGCCGUGAAUUCUGCUAUUGCUAGGAUAUACGGAUUUAAGGUGCUCGUUCACGAAAAUGCAGUUCAAAGUCAAAGUCUUCCUGUGAAAAUCCAAUUCCAUGUAUAUACGAUGACUUGCAAUGCUACCAUGUUGUCUAUAGCUCUCGUGGCGUUAGAGCGAAUGUCAGCCAUUCUAUGGCCGCUGCGUCAUCGUCAAUACAGUCCUUGGGUGUACGCUCUCUCGAUAGCACUUACGUGGCUGGCUUCCAUUCUAAUCGCUAUAACUGGUAUAUUUUCAUUUAACAAUAGCUCCAAAGAAUACCUGGGAGGGGUGUGGAUGAUCUCGAUUUUCUUUGUCAUAUGUGCUUCGUAUAUUGCAAUUUAUUUCAAAACCAGAUCAAAUAAACAACAGAACCAACUGCACAUAGGUUUACAGAGGAUAUCAAGACGAGAUUAUAGACUGAUGAAAACAUCGUUUUUAGUGACUGUUACGUCAUUUGCUACUUGGAUUCCACUAGCGAUCUUGUUCAUCAUAAACGAUGCAAAUAGAGUCAGCAUGUCACCUUACAUUGUCCAAUGCUUCGUAUUGUUGUUUGUUGGGAGUUCUUUCAUCAACCCUAUAAUUUAUGUCUUUCGAAUGAAGGAUUUCAGAGCUGCUUUACUUUGUUUAAUAAUAUAUUGCUCGCGCAAUCGACCAGCCAAUAGGAUAAGGCCAGUGGGUCCAGCACGGACUACCAAUAGAUCAGGUAACCAAAGUGCCACACACGUCAUAGACAUCCAUGAGGUAACACGU